CUUGUGGGCAUAACUUUUCCUGUAAUAUAAUAUGAUUAUUUAUCAAUAAGCAUCUCUCUUUCUUUCUAAAAUGGAUGAACAGUCUGAAAGGAUGAGCUUAUUUGAAAUCCAUGUAACCCCCGAAGCGAAAUCUUACAGCUUUGGAAUUUUUACUUUACGACGUUUAAAACAACUUUUUAGUAUUAUCCUCUCAAAGCGAAUAAGUGUAAUAUUUGUACUUUUAAUCUGUGCUUUGGCAUUGAUUCAAGAGUACUUAGUUUAUAACGUAGGUAUAAUACCUAGCGGGUUUUACAAAGUGCUGGGGGAUAAAAAUUGGAACGCAUUUUGGUUACAAGUUUUAAAAGCAACACUUCUCAUAUGUGCUAUAUGUUCCGUAUUGAGCUGUAGUAAUUAUAUUACUAAUGUGUUUUACGUAUCAUCUAGGGAAAUUUUGACAAAUCGUUUGCAUUCGUUAUAUUUCAGUAAAAAUAGGUUUUAUUAUUUAAAUACAUUUAAACGAAUUUUGACGGAUAACCCUGAUCAAAGAAUCACUCAAGAUAUCGAUAAAUUUUGUCAAAAGUUUAGUUCAGUUAUCAAGCCAAUCGUCAUAGCUCCAUUUACUAUUUCUUAUUAUUCAUAUAAUUGCUUUCACACCACUGGUUGGGUUGGUCCUACAUCUAUAUUUCUUAUCUUUAUUGUAUCAGCAGCUUUCAGUAAAUUAUUGAUGAAGCCAGUCAUGUUGAAAGUUAUCCAGCAAGAAAAAUGUGAAGGAUAUUUUCGAUUUAAACACAUGCAUAUAAGAUCGAAUGCAGAAUUGAUUGCCUUUCAAGAAGCUGAUAAAGCUGAGUUAUAUCGAACUGAUUCAAAACUCAUUGAUUUAAUAAUAACCCAGCAAUCUCGUUAUUUGAGAAACUUCCCUCUUGACUUCUUCACAAAUUUUUUCAGUUACAUAGGGAGCAUUGUGAGUUAUUUAAUUUUAGCAUAUCCUAUUUUUUCUGGGUUGUAUUCUGGUCUCACACCCGCUGAAUUAAGUGCUCUUAUUAGCCAGAAUGCUUUUGUUUCAAUCUAUUUGAUCUCCUGUUUUUCAAGCCUGAUAAAUACAUCUGCAGCAUUUAGUGAAAUUGGGGGCCUUACACACCGUGUCUGUGAAAUAUUAGAUGUUCUACUCAUUAAUAAUGAACCAAUUAACAAAGACACUUGGAGAUAUUAUGACAGCAAUUUAAUUCUAAGGAAUGAAGGUGAUUGUAAUGAUUCUGUCAUUGAACUCAAAGAUGUGACCUUCUGUGCGCCAAAAGAAUCUAAACCAUUGAUAGCCAACAUUUCAUUGCAAAUAAAACUCAACUCAAAUCUUCUAAUCACAGGCAAGAGUGGAAGUGGUAAAACAUCAUUGUUUCGGAUAGUAAAAGGGUUGUGGCCAGUUCGAUCUGGGUCAGUUAUCAAGAAAUUGCCUUUUCAACCAUCAACAAUAUUUUUCCUACCUCAAAGGUCAUUACUUUCAGAUGGGACACUAAUGGAACAAAUUGUGUAUCCAUUAAUUUUACCAAAGCAUCUGAAGCUCAGUGAAGAAGAUCUGAUUUUUAUUCGAAGUGAAUUAGAGUUUGCCGACUUAGAACACUUGUUGAAGAAGACUGGCGGAUUAAAUGCUAAAGUGGAUUGGGAUUGGAAUGAUGUACUUUCUCCAGGAGAAGCUCAACGCCUCAGUUUUGUCCGUCUGUUUUACCAUAAACCAAAACUUGCAUUCUUGGAUGAAGCUACUAGUGCUUUAGGAUCCCAAGUAGAAGCUAAACUUUAUAAGAGGUGUAAGGAUUUAGGCAUAACUGUGAUAAGCAUUGGCCAUCACACAAGUUUGUUGAAAUACCAUGACAAUGUUCUGCAUCUUGACGGAGAAGGAGGCUGGACUUUGUCACCAGUUUCUGAGAAUAGAUCAGAUGAAUCUAUUUCAUUGUGAUAAAUCGUAGGUCAUUUCUCUUUGCAAACAACUGUACAAUAAUAUGCAAAACUUUUUAUUCUGAGGAGUAUUUAAUGAUCGGAAACUAGUGCCAUGUUACAUAGAUUCGGAGAGGAAGUCUACUCUUCUCUUUACAUAGGAAAAGCUGAUGUAUUAAUUGCUAAUUUCAUGUUAGGAAAAAAAUUGUCCAAAAUCAAUAGUUCAAUCAAUCAGUUCCAUUAAUUUUGAUCAGGAAGCCUAUUGAAUUCAAUCAAUUAGUUUAAAUAACAAUGUAUUGUUAUAUAGUUGAAGAAAUCAUCAAAUAUAUUUUUGCUGAUCAUUUAUCUCCCCCUUUACACAGCAAAUUUCUAUAGCUUGAAUAGUUAAAAGCUGUUUUUUUUUUAAAUC